AUGCUAUUCAAUUUAGUUAAUUAUUAUUUAGUUGUGGGCUUUUAUACGAUAGGAGUGUUCGUUGCAUCUUGUGCAUUUAAAUUGUUUUUCUACGCGGCAUAUUUUAAUGAUCUAAGCAAAGUACCCUCUGAGUAUGAUUAUAUCAUCAUUGGAAGCGGAACAGCUGGUUCCUGGAUCUCGAGCCGUAUUCCUUCCGCGGAUGUGCUUGUCGUGGAAGCUGGCCCCAAGUGGAACGGGUUGAUGGAUGUGCCACUAUUUUUACCGUUAGCACACGGAACACCGUACGAUUGGCAGUAUGUAACAGAACCACAGACACACUCCUGCUGGGCUCUGAACGAGAAUCGUAGCCGAUGGCCAAUGGGUAAAACGGUCGGUGGCACCCACAUGCUUAACAACAUGGUUCACUACAAGCCGAAAAGGAAGGACUUUACCGAUUGGUUUGAACGAGCCCAGGAUUUGGACCGCUUUUUGGAUUUUUUCGACCACGAUCUGUGGACAAAUGUGGAGCGUGGGUUUACCACCGAACUGGGAAGCGUUUUUAUUACCGCCGCGAAAAGUCUCGGGUUUGGUGAUGAUGAAUUUUUUCAACCAUUUCUUACGACGCGAAACGGCAGACGAUGGACAACGGCACACGAAUACGAACAUUCCGCCAAUCGGAAAGGGCACACAAGAAUGACAAAUAGCUUGGUGGAAAAAAUAAUAACCCAAGAAGGAAUCGCUAAAAGUUUGCUCGUUUCUCGUGCAGGAGGAGCAAAGUUUCUUGUAAGCGCACGAAAAGGGAUCAUUUUGACUGCGGGAACAAUUGGAUCGGCUAAACUGUUGCUACACAGUGGCAUUGGGCCACGGGAGGAGUUGGAAAGUCUAGGAAUUGAAACAAUUGUCAAUCUGCCACAGGUUGGUAAAAACCUACAAGAUCACAUAGGAACCGGAUCGGAGUUGCUUUUAAUAAGCAACUCGCUCAAUCUACAUCCAUUUGAUCUUGUGCAUCCGGCGAAUGUACUUAACUACUUCACCGGCAAUCAUCACCAAUCGUCACUUUCGUUCGGUGGCUGUGAAGCGGUCGGAUUUGUAUCGCUCGACGGUAGUAGUAAUUAUACGAGCGAUUUACAAUUUAUGGUACUUCCGGCCGGUCUUAGUUCCGAUGGUGGUGUACACUUACGGAAAAUUCUAAACCUAAAAGAUUCCGUGUGGAACGAUUAUUAUGAACCGUUGCUGCGAAUGGGACAGCCAGCCGUUACGGUUUUACCAAUACUACUGCAUCCAAAGAGCAAAGGACAAAUCGCAUUAAAAAGCACGAAUGUUUGCGACGCACCAGUUAUCGAUCCAAAUUAUCUUGCAUCAAAAGAUGAUGUCAUCGUUCUCAUCAAAGGAAUUCGUUUGCUGCAAAAAAUCACCCAGCAACCGUCGGCGAGAAAAGUAGGCCUAGAGUUUAAUCCAAAACCAUUCCCCGGUUGCUCGAUGCUACCGUUCGACAGUGAUUCCUACUGGGAGUGUUACGUUCGUUCCGUAACGCACACAAUUUAUCAUCCGGUCGGUACGUGCCGUAUGGGGCGGUCCGGUGUGGAUUCGGUUGUUUCAUCCGUCGACCUUCGAGUGCACGGUGUGCGCAAUUUGUUCGUAGCGGAUGCGUCCGUUAUGCCGAGCCUUCCGAGCGGAAAUCCUAACUCGGUAGCAAUGGCCAUCGGCGAGUAUUUUGUACGAUCGAAUUUUCCAUCCAAAGUAACAACGGGAAAAUAA